UUGAGUAAACUAAGCCGUUAUUUUUAGUUGCAAUUUUUAUAAUUUAUAAUGUGGAAUAUUUGCAUUUUUAUUUUGUUUUUAUUAGCUCUGUACUUAAUCUUUAAAUAUUUAUUUAAAGCGCCGGAUUACGUGACGUAUUACGCUAAAUUCGGUUUCUAUUUAUUUUGUGUCCAGAUUAUUCCUGUUCUACUAAUACCUCUUAUGCUUUUAAGUCCAAAAAAUCUGAAGAACGGUCAUAUGGUGGCACAAAUAUUAAUACGCGUCACAAAUGUACUUGGAAUAUCGUGGACGUUCAGAAAUGAAAAAAAUCUUUCUGGUAAAAUUAGUGCCGUGGUUAUAGGAAACCAUCAGUCUGUCCUUGACGUAUUAGGUAUGUGUCAGCUAAGUCACAUGGCCAAAAGAGUAGCCCCUGUUGUAAAAAAAGAGCUAUUUUACUUUUUUCCGUUUGGUUUGACGGCAUAUUUAAUGGGAUGCAUUUUCAUCGAUAGAAAGAAUCCUAGAGACGCUUACAAUACACUGAAAGAUUCAGCUAAUGAAUUGUUUAAAAACAAGUACAAAAUUGUUAUGUAUCCCGAAGGAACGAGGAGUAAGUCAAACAAAAUGCAGCCUUUUAAAAAUGGCGCUUUCGCUGUGGCCAUCGCACACCAAGUUCCCAUCAUACCAAUUAUAACAUCACCAUACUAUUUCUUGGACUCAGAAAAACGGAUUUUUGGGAAAGGUCAAGUAAUAAUUCAAUGUCUAGAAGCUAUAUCUACUGAGGGGUUGACGAUGGAUGAUUUGCCACAACUAAAGGAUAGCAUUCAUAAAAUGAUGGAAGAAACCUUCGAAGAACUGGGAAAAGAAAUAUCUGCUACACAUAAAUAUCAAGAAGACUAUAUGUGCGAUAUAUCACUUGCUAUUUUUUGUUUAUUAGCGGUGUUACUUUUUUGGAAAUAUGUAUUUAAUAUGCCAGAUUACGUAAUUUAUUAUGCUAAAUUCGGUUUCCUCAUAACGUGUGCGCUGAUCGUUUCAUUAGUACUACUACCUGUUAUGCUUUUGAGCCCAAGAAACCUGAGAAACGGAUAUAUGGCGGCAAAAGCUAUGCGUCAUGUCACAAAGGUGAUAGGAGUGACGUGGAUAUUUAGAAAUGAAAAAGUUCUGUCGGCUAGAAGGAGUGCCGUAGUUAUAGGAAACCAUCAAUCUGUCCUUGACAUGUUAGGUAUGUGCCAGAUGUGCGAGGUGGGCAAAAGAUUAGCGCCUGUAUGCAAAAAGGAAUUAUUGUACUGGUUUCCGGUUGGUUUGGUUGCGUAUUUAAUUGGAUGCGUUUUCAUCGAUAGGAAAAACCCUAAACAUGCUUACAGUAAGCUGGAACACUCUGCUGAGGAGGUGUUCAAGAACCAGUAUAAAAUCGGUUUAUUUCCUGAAGGAACGAGAGGUAAUUCUAACAAAAUGCUGCCUUUUAAAAAUGGGGCCUUCGCCUUGGCCAUCGCUUGUCAAGUUCCUAUUAUACCAAUAGUUGUCUCACCAUACUAUUUCUUGGACUACAAAAAACGCAUUUUCAAGAAGGGUAAAGUUAUCGUUAAAUUCCUAGAAACCGUACCUACUGAGGGUUUGACGAUGGAUGAUUUGCCAAAUUUAAAGGAUAGCAUUCGGAAAAUGAUGGAAGAAACCUACGAGGAACUGAGCAAAGAAAUAGCAGCUACACAGAAACUUCAUGAAGAUUCAUAAUGCUACUACGAGUACCAUAAAAUUAGUAGACACUAGAGAAUGAAGAGAAGUGAUUUUUGAUGUUAUUUUUUUUUACUUCCUCGAAGAUAUAAAUCGCUUUGUGAAUAAUAAUCAAGGGUUAAAAAACAUGUUAGCGAAUAAAUCUGGAUAUUUUUAAGCGUAUGCUUACAAUCAUAAAUUUCAAUUGCUUAUUUUAGUUUUUUUACUUACCGACAAAACAUAUGCAUGUCUCGAGUUACAACUGUAUUGAAUAGAAAACCAUUGUGUGAAUUAACAACAUGUACAACGCAUACAAAGUUAAGGUACAAGUUGACGAUGGAGUAAAUAAGCUGAGAAUCGAAUUAAGAGCCAUAAUACAUUUAUAUUCGCUAAGCCAUGCAAGAAAUGCGUUUAGUAUGUAAGUACCCAGUACACAAAAAAAUAUAAUUAUUUUUCAGGCAGUUAUUUUUUAAUUACAAAAUAUAUAAAAAAGAAAUUCUCACAGCCCAUUGAUAAAAUAAACUGAUUAAUUAUGAGAUAAGGGUAAUUUUUCCCAUCCUCAGUUAAAUCUCAUAUAAUUUUUAAGGUUCCGUAGUCCACAAGGAACCCUCAUAGUUUCGUCAUGUCCGUCUGUCCGUCCGUCCGCGAUUUAGCGCAGAGAGUAUUAAUACUAGAAACUAAGACUAGAACUAGAAAUGAAUACUAGAAAGAACUAAGAUGUAAAUUAACAUGAAUAUAUAAAUCAACAAAGUCGUAAAAUAAAAUGUUAAAAAAUAUUUUUUUCACAUUUGUGGUUCCUUCCCUAUAUGAAAAGUGAGGAUGAACUUUUUAUCGUCUAUCCCAUGAUGUGGAAAAUUGUUAUUCGUAUUUUUAUGCAUUACAAAAGGGAUUAAAGUGCUAAUUUAAUCUACAGAUCCCUACACAGCACGUUCCUCGACACGCACUUGGCCGGUUUUUAGUGGUUAUUUUACCUUGAGCAGGUUCAGCCAACCACGGACGGAUGCACCGUUUAUUUUUUUGCAUAUUAAUCGCAAGUAAUUAAUGAAUAUUAAGAGCAAUUAGUUGAUGCAGUAAAAUUACCAAAUACGCUAAAAUUCAAUGAUAUUUUAUACUAUAGAUCGGUUACUUCACAAAAUCACCGCAAAAAUAAUCCGAAUAAUAGGCUACAGCACUGAGCGCACACAUGCUCAGUUUUGUCUUUAUUUCCAUUAUAUAUGACGGAAUAUAAAUUAAUAUAUAAAGAAACUACUGAAAGAAUUGCCUACAAAUUUACUGAGGUUAAUAGCUCACAUAUUGCAAAUAAAGAACACACAUGAAAUUAAACUCAUUUAUUACAAAUUAGAGUCACAAAUUACAAACUAUUUAUAAUUUAAAAAGAGUUGCUAGAUUGUACGAGAUUUUGGUUAUAAAGAAAAUCAUUUACUGCAUAGAACAUGAAAAUGUAAAACUAAACACAAUAAUAUUAUUAAGAGUUUUAGUUCAAGAAUACAAUUUUUGCUCACAAGAUAUGAGCUCCGCGCUAGAACAGUAUUCUCUUCACAAUGAUUCCAAUUUUUACGCAAGCCACAAGGAAAGUUACUUAAAACCUGCGUAUAUUGGCUACAUUGUAAAAAUCGGUAUACCAACCUUUCACAAAUAAUCUCUAGUCUUUGGUUAUGUUGACCAAAAACUAGAGAGGCUAAACUAAAGUUGGAUACAGAUAAAGUAAUUAUUAAUUAAUUACAUUCCUGUCCAAGUAUCAAUAAUAACUAUGAACUUAAAUAUAAUUGAAAAAUAAAUAAAAAGUUUGUAGAUAGUUAAAAUUUCAAAUGAUUUUUCGUAAAGCACACCUUGUUUUAUUGAUGUAAAAUUGUUUUUGGAUAAGUUUUUGUUUUGAAUUCAAACAUAAACGAGAGCCUUGCAUACUUGUUACUGAGUUUGCUUUCAAAUAUUUUACAUAUUUUCACAGGAAAGGGAUGCGUUGCAUUUUUAUCUUUCGGUAUUCCUGUCUCUAUUAAAAAAAGUUAAAAUAUGUAUAAAAUAUGUGACCGUAGCUUAUAAGUGUAAAAACAAAAUGGCUGAACCCCGUAGUUAGUUUGGUUGGAUACUAAUCUAGGGUAACCCACAAUAUUACUAAGAGAGCUUAGACUAAAAAAUGUUAUUGAAUUACUACAGUCACUGCCUGGAGGAGUUGGGAAGUCUCUCGAAAACUCAAAAGGCAGUCAGUCUCAUAGCGGUCAGUCGGAAAAUAGGUAUUGCUGCACGCGAUAUUUUUCUGUGUCGUUGUAACUACAGAAUUAUGGGACUAUAGACAUAGUACCUGUUUCAGCAAUCCUUGUCUAUUAUUAUUAUGCAUGUCUCCGCCUUAGAUAAUUGGAUUCAAGAUGCUGCGCCGUGGUCAAUAAAAAAUUAGUAUUAUUAGACUAACUGCACAGACUUGUUGGAGCUAGUAUCUUACAACAGUAGUUGGGAGCUAAGUUUAAAGUUAAAGCGGUACUAUUAAGAAAUUAUAAGGUCUAUGGACCGAGCUUUUUUGCAAGAGACUGCAUUUUCUAGCCACGUCGUGAAAUAAGGCCAAUAAGGUCUAACUGCCUUACCGAAUUAUAUAUAUACUGCAGUCAAUGAAUACAUAAAAUAAGCCGGAAUUCCGGAAGUCCUCAGAAACAGCUUCGAUUUUGAUUUUUUUUCAAAAGCUACAAAAAUAAUAAGAAGAAAACAUUGUAAUAUUUCUAUCUACCUACUGAUAAACUUAAGUGCCUUACCUUUAUUCUGUGAUAUAGAUAUUGAUAUAACCUCAUACAAUAUUUCCCUGAUGGUAAUAUCUACCUACUGAUCAUUUUACCAUUAUAGAAAUAUUGUAUGAGGUUAUAUCAAUAUCUAUAAACCACAGAAUAAAGAUAAGGCGCUUAAGUUAGACGAGUACAAUCAAGCACACAACAUUGCAAGCAUAGAACUAAUAUUAAAGUGGAGUUAAAUAAUUUCAUAAACAUUGUAAACAGGAUAUAAUCCCAUGAAUAUUGAAAGCGGAUUUUUUAAAGUUACUCUAAACGGGUGUUCAAAUUGUAAGCUAACACAAUGUAAUUUAUUGUAGUAAAAUACAUAGUGUCUGCUGCUAGAAAUUAAUUUUUGGUUACAGGUGGUCACUAGUGCCUUGCCAAAAUGGCCACUUCGUGGCUUCGCAACUAGAAAAUUAACGGUUGCCUCGAAUGUCACAGGUCGGUUUGGCCAUGGUUUUGCCGCAUGCUCUACUUUGAUUUGUAUGUUAGUCAUAAUAUCACAAAAAUAUUGCAGAGGCGAAAGUUUGAUUGUUAGAUGAAAUGCUAAACGCGUUCAUACUUUUGUUAUGGAGCUCGGUGAAAGGGUCCAUUGUAUGGAGCGAAGGAUCAGUCAUUGUACCCUAGCGGGAAUUAAAGAAGAUAUUUUUUUUUUAACUAUUUUUAAAUAUAUAAAUCUACGAAUUUACUUUAAUUCUUUCGAAAUAAUAUUCAUUAUCUCCCAAGAAAUGCAACACUAAUAUGGGUAAUAAUGGCGGAUAGAUGACGUUUUCAAUGCAGUAAUCGAUUUGACGUUUGCUGUCAAUUGUCAUGUCAUAGUUGCUAAGGGCGCCAUCUUGAUAUAACUCAAAAACAUGGGUUUUUAUUUUAUUUAUUUCUUUUUAUUUAGUUAGAUUUAUUUAAUUUAAUACAUUUUAAUAAAAUCCUUGUAUUUUUUAAAUUUUAAUGAUACGGGGUACAAGAGUGGACCUAAAAUGGACCUUCUCUUUUGUGAACUGUGUUUGUGUCUGUUUUUCACAAACUAAUAGACAUUUCCGGGACUUUCAUCCUACCCCUAACAAGUUAGCCCGCUUCUAUCUUAGAUUGCAUCAUCACUUACCAUCAGGUGAGAUUGUAGUCAAGGGCUAACUUGUAGAGAAUAAAAAAAUAUAUAUUAUUUGAUAUAAUAAAACCAGUAGAGUAUUUCUAAAUAAAUAUUUUAUAAUGCAUUAUUUUUCAAAGUCACGAAUGCAGUUUCAUAUUAAUGUCUGUGUACAUGAAACAAACAGUUUCUAAGUCAAAUGGGAAUUCACGAGUAAUAACGUACCUACUUAAUUCAUUUUUCCGUUUUCUGAUUUUUCUCAAUUACCUAUAAAUAAUAUCUCGCUUGAAAUGAAAGUUGGCAGUGUGGGUUUAAUAUCAACGGCCAUUUCCUGUGGGACAGUCGCAGAUGUUAUAACUAUAUACGUCAUAACAUUGUUUUUUCAUCAGACUUUUAUAUUUGCGAUACGAUAACAGUGCCUAUGAGACAACUUAUAGGUACCUAUAAGUUGUCUAAAUUAUAUCGAGAACGUUGACGUUGACGCCUCCGUGGCGCAGUGGUAUGCGCGGUGGAUUUACAAGACGGAGGUGCUUGGUUCGAUCCCCGGCUGGGCAGAUUGAGGUUUUCUUAAUUUUGUCCAGGUCUGGCUGGUGGGAGGCUUCGACCGUGGCUAGUUACCACCCUACAACUUGCACACAAACUUUCACAUUUCAUUUAUAAAUUAGUGUGAUGUGAUUUGCAGAAUUCACUAAAGCAAAAUAAAACAAUUGAAGGUUGUAUGAAACUCAAAGACAAAUAUCUAAAACUUAAUGACGCCACGCGGUUUCACCCGAGUGGUUACCGUUCCCGUAGGAGUACGGGAAAAAUAUAUAGCCUAUAGCCUUCCUCUAUAAAAGGCUAUCUAACACUGAAAGAAUUUUUUAAAUCGGACCAGUAGUUUCUGAGAUUAGCGCGUUCAAUCAAACAAACAAACAAACUCUUCAGCUUUAUAUAUUAAAAUAGAUAUAGAUAUAGAUAUACAAUAAGGACAGUAGGUAGUAAAUCUCAAAUAGUAUUCUCACUAAUAAUAUUCAAGUCGAAAGUUUAAAAUGAAAUUUCCAAUUGGCUCAGAUUUGUUUAGGACGACUGUUCGACGUUGAUAAGAAGGCAAACUCAUUUCGGAAUAGCGCUAGGUUUAUUUUUCAAGUAAGCGUUCUUACUACGUGAUUUUGAUCAGUUCUUUUCCUUACAUUUUCAACUAUGAAUAUUUCAUUUAUAUAGUGCGAGUUUUACAAGGACUUUUGUAUCUGGUCAUGCCCCCUUUUAUGCUAUCUCAAAGGUCUUAUUUUUCUCGGUCCGCUGAAGGUUUCACCCACGUAGAGGAUUUAUUUAUUUUUAUUUUAUUUGUACACAUUAAUUACAAAACUAAAGAAAUAGAAACAUAUUAUAAAUAAAUAAAUAGAACAGGAGCAGACAACUGAAAAGUUGGAGAUGCAUGCUCCGGACCGGAUUCGAACCCACACCCUCAAGAAAGGAAGAGAGGCGUGAUAGCCCAGUGGGUGUUACCUUUGCCUCCGAUUACCUUUUUUUUUUUUCUUUACAAGUUAGCCCUUGACUACAAUCUCAUCUGGUGGUAAGUGAUGAUGCAGUCUAAGAUGGAAGCGGGCUAACUUGUUAGGAGGAGGAUGAAAAUCCACACUCCUUUCGGUGUCUACACAGCAUCGUACCGAACGCUAAAUCGCUUGGCGGUACGUCUUUGCCGGUAGGGUGGUAACUAGCCACGGCCGAAGCCUCCUACCAGCCAAAACCUACUGUCCAAUGACUACUGAUAACAAAAAUAGCUUACGUAGAGUUACAAACAAAUCAAUUUUAAGUGGCACGAAGUUCACAGAGUCGGCUAGUGCGGUAAUAAAAAUUGAAAACAACAAUGAAACAAACAACAAACGAUACUCUGAAUGAAACGAUGCGGUAAGCUGAAUAGGGACAUUAUGCAGAUUUACCGCUAAUGUUAUUGUGAGCCGGAGAACAAACCAAAGCCAUCCGACGCGGACGGUUCAGCGUCGAGCAUUACACUAACGAUGUUUAAUAAAUUUUGUGCGGAUUUAUUAAUAGUGUUUAUUAAAAUUGUAUACAAUUUUGUUCAUUAUCUAUACUUACAUAAGAAGAGUACAUUUGUGUAUUUGAACGGGCUAAUCUCAGCAACUACUCUGGGUUACUUCCACAUUAUAUCGAUGCUUGUGUAUUAAUAUUAUAAAGAGGUAAAGUUUGUGGUAUUGUAGUGAUAAUCCUCAAUAAAUAGCUUCAAUAGCUCAACGACAAAGCGGCCGGACUCAUUAUCAAUGGCGUGCACUUCAUACAUGCAUUAAAGUACUUUAUACCUUAA